UCUAUCAGCAGCAGCGAGCUCUUCCGGGUGGCGUCAGCUGGGCGGAGAGGCUGUGUGCGAAUGUCGCUGCAGGAAGGUCGGGGAUUACUGUGAGUAACGAGCGGAUUACGGCUACGGAAAGAUGGUGGAGAAGAACAAGCCGCAGCCUCUAGCAACCAAUGAGAGAUCUGGUUAAGACUCCUAUGCCUGGACUGUUGGUCGUGGAUUACAUUGCUGUAUUUUUAUGAUCAGAUGGAAAGAUUUUUCUGCCGUGUCCCUCCCCUGCCCCUCGUCCUCCUCCUCCUCUGCAGCAGCCUGGCAGGAGGGCUUUCCAAUGCCCAAAUCUUACCGAAUAACACUCAGCCGCUGAGCCUCCACAAUGCCUCCUUACAUGCCCAGCUGCAGAUCUCUGCCAACUCUCCUGCACACCGGGACCAGAUUGCCAAGGAGGGAAGCAGCACAGUGAUAGAGUGUAACCUUAACGCCAGUCAGAAUGGGGACGUGGUGUGGUUUAAUUCCAAAGGGCGCCCACUGGAAGAGGUGGAAGGAGGAGGAAAAUGGUUGAUCUCCUCCAAUGGAGCUCUUAACAUCACCAGUGUGACAUUUGCUGACCGAGGGCGGUACACCUGUAUGUGUUCAGUUGGAAAUGCCACCUCCUAUUACACCGUUACCCUCCGUGUGACUUAUACAUCCGGUGAUAUGGGCAUUUAUUACAUGAUUGUCUGCUUGGUGACCUUCACCAUCACCCUUAUCAUGAAUAUCACUCGGCUUUGCAUGAUGAGCAGUCACCUUCGAAAGACCGAGAAAGCCAUCAACGAGUUCUUCCGUACAGAAGGGGCUGAGAAGCUUCAGAAAGCCUUUGAGAUAGCAAAACGGAUCCCAAUUAUCACCUCAGCUAAAACCCUGGAGCUGGCCAAGGUGACACAGUUUAAAACAAUGGAGUUUGCCCGUUAUAUAGAAGAGCUAGCCAGAAGUAUUCCCCUGCCUCCACUCAUCUUCAACUGCAGAGCUUUUAUGGAAGAAAUGUUUGAGGCUGUACGGUUGGAUGACCCUGACCAGAUUGAAAAAGAUCACGUGGGUGGAAUCUACACCAUCAGUUCAGGUAUGAACCGAAGUGGAUCUUCUGCAGGGGACUCUGAAGACAGCUCUGUCCAAGGGCAGGAGAUAGCCGUGAAUGUGUCUGUUCAUCCCCAGUGCGAGACUCAGAGCAUUAACACCAACCAUUCUCAGGAGAGUGGCCAGCCAGCCUGCCUGGAGGAGGUUAUUACUGUAGUGGAUCAGGAGGACACCCCACCCGAAACCACUGCGUGACCACCUUAACCCUAAAACUUGUUACAAAGAGUGUACAUCUUACAGUCCACCUCAUUCUUUCCAGUGAUUAAGUAGCUGUGCCAAGCCACCUUGUUACAGGAUUUAUUAUAGUAGGGUAUCCCUACUAGUAGCAUCUAGUUUUUACUGUCUGGAACUAAUACAUCGGAGUGUGGUUUUCAUCUAGUGCUAAAGGGGUUGUAUGAGAUUAGAGAAAAAGUGCUGCUUCCUUCCAAAACAGUGCCACUCGUGUACGCAGGUUGCGUCUGGUAUUUAAACACACACAUAUAAUGUAAGGUCAUAGUUUAUUGAUAGAAAUUCAUACAGUACAUAAUACAUAUCAGGAUUACAAUUAGCAGCAGAACAAGAAGUGCUGUGAAGUGGAUGGGUAAGUACUGGGGAAACGAUCUUAUGUCCACUGGUGAAAAGAAAUGACUUUUUGCCAAUAUGU